AUAUCCAAGAUGGCGUCGCUUACCAGACGCCAGGUAUCGGUCAUCUUGAGCGUCCUUUAUCUUGGAGCGUUGACUGCAAUGGCAGCAUAUGCCGUACACCAAACCUCAACACUCUCAUUGCCUAUUCCCUCGUCUCUCACAACUCUCGCACUCGCACUCCCACCAUUCGCAGGCCUGUGUAUGGAAACCAGUACUGCGCUUGCAUCUUCACUGGCUCAACACCCGAAACUUCGACACCGUCAUGCACGCAACUUUCCCGCCGUCCUUCUACCCUCGACCUUGACUAUCCUCGGCUUGCUGGUCUAUAUCACAGUAGUCGCAACACUGAGCGGCACCCAUAUCUCGCCUGUUGGUGGUUUAGGCUGCGCAUUGAGGGAGAAAUGGCAGAGCAUGUUUCAUGAGAAGAAUGCUGGCAAGAUCAAGAGAAUCCAAGAGGCUUUCGAUUGCUGCGGCUUCAGAAGCGUGCGAGACAUGCCUUUCCCAUUCCNNCCUGGUCACGGAGUCACUGUCGAUACCUGUUCGCAGCGUUUCGAUCGUCACGUUGGCUGCGAGGGUGCCUGGAGAGACAAGGAGAGAACAGUGGCUGGUCUUAUGAUUGGCGUCGCAGUGGGCGUUUUCGUUUGGGUGGUGCGUAGGCUCUAUUCCUGCCAUUGCUCGCUCACACUAACCUUGAAUAGGNCUGUUAUCAUCGUGACGCCAGCAUUGCAUCCGACAUGGGCUCACGAGAGCAUGCGCCUACCUCACCGCGUCAUUGAAGAGGAGUCCGAUGCAGCAAACAGAGUCAUCGAAUACCCUGCUCAGCGCUACACAGAUGAUCCCGAAGGAGGCAACACCGAUGCCCGUCGCGAGAUUGACGGCCUGAACAACGACUCUAGGCUCGCAUUGCAGGUGGAGAGCUCGAGAGAUCAUCCCAGCAAGAUGCUGGCAGAUCAGGGUGUGUGGAGAGCUGAGGAUGGCAGAACUUGA